CAGACACAGUGGAGUAAUUCGGCCCAGCUGUAUUUGUGGUUUGUUCAUUGAUAAAUAGAAAGCAAGUCGAAUAAGAGUAUGCUGGAAGUGUUAUUGGAUUCAAAUUCGAAAUAAACCGCGGAAUUUUAAUAUGAAGUGUGUUGUUAGGAGAUGAGCCAUGCUGCCGAAGUCGAGCACUGGAGUCCUGUUGCCAAGGACAACAUGGACAAAAUGGCUGAUAUGGCUCACAACAUUCUCUAUAGCAACGGUUGCUGUGUCAACAGAAGAUUCCUUCAGUUUGACAAGCCUUCACUUCACACAGGAUCAGUACAAUGUGACAAUACCGGAAAAUUCUCUCGGAAAGACAUUCGUAACUCCAGCUUCGAAGAUGGGGAUUUAUGUACCUGAAAAUAUUCCGGUUAAAAUAUCAUACCAGAUUCUUAAUUCAGAAGAGGACCUUUUUAAAGUUGAGGAUCACUUGGUUGGAAAUUUUAAUUUUCUUCUAAUCCGAACACAUUCCGGGAGUUAUGGGAGAAUUAAUCGUGAGCUUACGUCGGAGUACCGUCUUCAGAUUAAAGCUAUCGCCCAAAGCAAAGGUGUGUCUUAUGAGACCACAACAAAUAUUAUAGUGUAUGUUUCAGAUGUGAAUGAUCUUCAACCUUUGUUUGAUUUAGAUUUUUACAAUGUUAGCGUACGUGAAGACACACUAUUACAUACAAGCAUUGCACGUGUGUCUGCAUAUGACGGGGAUGAGGGCAUCAAUGCACAAAUAUAUUACAGUUUUGUCCAAAGGACCAAUGUUUUUGCCAUUCAUCCAACAAGUGGUGUAAUAUCAUUAACGAGACCACUUGACUUCCACCUUCAAAAGGUGUAUAAUAUUGACAUGUUAGCACAAGAUCGCGGCCCUGUGCCCGCCAAGCCUUAUAGAAAGAGACCAACUACAUUACAAAUUCAUGUAUUAGAAGUAAAUUAUUUUCCCCCAGACAUAUCAAUUAAAAAGUUGCCAAAUUUGUUUGAGCCAGGACAAGAGGAAAUAAUAUUAGCUAUUGUGAAUGUAAAAGACAAAGAUAAGGGAAAUAAUGGGAAAAUUGGGGCUGUUGAAAUUGUUAAAGGUAGUUUGGAUGGGGCUAUUUCGCUACAAAAGGGAGAACAGGAUGGAGAGUACAGGGUUAUACUUAAACCAUCCCAGAAAACAUCUGUGCCAACACCAGGAUUUAAUGUGACCUUGAAAGCUGAAGACAAAGGUCAGCCUUCAUUAUCGGCCAAUGAAACAUUUUAUGUAAGUGUGUUUGACACAAGAACUAUUCCAAAGUUUUCUAAGUCAAUUUAUAAUGUUACCGUGGAAGAGAUAGCCCCAAUAAAUACCCCAGUAACAUUUGUAACGUCAGAGCUGUCAACCAGUAACUUUGACGUUAGAUAUGAAAUUGUAUCGGGUAAUAAUGACAAUUUGUUCAAAAUUAACCAAAUAUCAGGCCUAGUAUCUACCUCAGCACAAAUCAAUGCCGAAAAAGUCACAAAUGUAAAGCUCAAAAUAAUAGCAUAUGAUGCAGUCAAUACACAUCAUGCUAACAGUGACUCUUGCAUUGUCAAUAUAUCUGUGAUAGAUAAUAAUGACAACGCACCGGAAUUUGAUAUCACUGAUAAUGUGUCGGAGAUAUAUAUCCAAGAAAACCUGCCGGUAGGUUCGAGUAUUUUUAAAAUCAGUGCCAUCGAUAGAGACAAAAAAGAAAACGGUAAAAUCAGCUUUUCUAUAACUAACAGCCGUCAUGUGCCAUUUGAAAUUGAGCCAUUCACUGGUGUUCUAAAAACAACAGAACUACUUGAUUAUGAAACCAUGAGGUUAACAUAUAAAUUGAAUAUAAGGGUAUCUGAUUGGGGUACCCCGUAUCCACGAGAGAAUGAGAUGAUUUUCACAAUUAAUCUACAAGAUGUCAAUGACAAUACCCCUCAGUUUGAGAAAAAAGAUUGUUCGGGAUACAUUUCGCGCGAUGCUCCGAUAAACACGGAAAUAAUCAUAGUUGCUGCUAUAGAUUUCGAUGUUAACGAUAUAAUACAAUAUAGAAUAAUUGGCGGAAAUGGUGAUAACUGUUUUGCAUUGCAUCGUGAAUCUGCCAGAGUCUUUCUGAACUGUUCACUCAGGGAAAUGCCAGAUGAAAAGCGGUACUUGCGUAUAGUAGCUCAUGAUGGGAUUCAUGAAUCUUCGCCCGUUGACGUUGAAAUGACCCUGGUGAAUUCAAAACAAAGCUCACAGCUUUCAAACAGCCUUGCCAACAUACAGUGUCAAAAAACUGAUAUAUUUCAAAAGUUGCAAGAUCUUGUGAUUCGAUCAAGGGAAGCCAACUCUCAAACAAAUCACGGAUUUCCAGAAAGUACCAAGGUUGAACCAGUCAACAACCCCCCUGAAUUUAAUGACACCAUCCCAACUAACUUGGAAGUUUCUGAAGGAUUGGCAGUAGGAACAGUUCUUGCCAAAGUUGAAGCUAUUGAUGUUGACCGAGGAUACAACGGAAAACUUGUGUAUGUCAUAAAGUCAGGAGAUAUUGCAGGACAUUUUAAAAUUGACAUGUAUACUGGAAAGUUAACCAUAAUGUCAAAACUCGAUAGGGAAAUUAGAGAUGAAUACAAUUUACUAAUUGAAGUUUCUGAUCUUGGUCAACCUUCUCUGUCAUCAAAUAUUUCUAUUUCUGUUAAAGUCCUAGAUGAAAAUGAUAAUGCGCCAAAGUUUGAGCAGGAAGUUUACUCGGCAACAAUAUCAGAAAACAUCAAUAGAAAUGCAACUGUCACCCAAGUUUCAGCCACAGAUCAAGAUCUUGGAAAAAAUGCUAAAAUAACGUACACAAUCGUUUCAGACACUGAUCAUUUUGCAGUUAAUCCAAGAAACGGAAUGAUUGUUGUAAACAAGCCGCUGGACCGUGAGAGGCAUCCAGUUUAUACUGUUCUGGUUCGAGCCUCCGAUAAAGGUGAGGACCAGAUUAGUUUAAGUUCAACAGCAACUGUUCUGGUAGAGUUGACCGAUAUUAAUGAUGUUGUUCCUGAAUUUACGCCUGAUAUCUAUAGCGUCAGAAUCCGAGAGGAUUUGCCGAUUGGAGCUGUUGUCACCGUUGUCACAGCUGCGGAUACCGACGAGGGUAAAAACGGGGAAGUUCAGUACCAGCUUGUGUAUGGGGAAAAUUUCUUUGAAAUUGAUUCCAGUACUGGUGUGAUCAGGAUUAUCAAACGCUUGGAUUAUGAGACCCAACAGGUUCACAAUAUCAGUGUACGUGCACAAGAUGGAGGUGUACCAUCGCUGAUAUCGGUGUGUUUUAUAAAUAUUGAAGUAGUGGAUGUAAAUGAAAACCUAUUAGCUCCAGUGUUUGAAAAUUUCUUUGCAUACGGAUAUGUUAGUGAGAAUGAGCCAGUGGGUACGACAGUAAUGUUUGUAAAAGCAUAUGAUCCUGAUGGUGAUGGCGUAACUUACUCAAUACGAGAUGGUUCCGGUCUUGGAAGGUUCACAAUUGACUCUAAUGGUACAAUAUGCACAAGUCAAGUGUUAGACCGGGAAACAGCCACUCACUACUGGCUGACAGUCUAUGCCCAAGACCAUGGCCUGGUUCCCCUACACACAAGGCAUGAAGUUUAUAUAGAGGUCAAGGACACGAAUGAUCAUAUCCCAAUGACCUUCGACCCUGUAUAUUACGGAACAGUGCCAGAGAAUGUGAAUGAAAAGGGGCUUUUUGUGACACAAGUUCAAGCGUAUGACCUUGACAAGAAUCUGAACCAGACUCUGACUUAUGAGAUAACCCGAUAUGACCCACUCAACUUCUUCAAAAUUGAUAAAUACACAGGUGUGAUAACAACAACAGGCAAGCCUCUAGAUAGGGAACAGCAGUCCAAACAUAAACUUGAGGUUACAGUAUCCGACAAUGGUGAACCGGCUUUAACCUACCAGACCCGUGUAUUCAUCAAAGUGGAAGAUGACAACGAUAACCGACCUAAAUUUAACAAACGUUUGUACCGGAUACAGACCCCAGCCACAGAGUUCAUGGGUUUGGAUAUACCUGUUUUCCAAGUUCUUGCAUGGGACGAUGACGAAGGAGAGAACGGGGAAUUGACCUUUGACAUUCGUAACUCUAAAGAUGAUUCCAAAAUUUUCAUGGUUCACCCAAAAACUGGCAUGAUAUAUGCAACAGAUAGUCUUGAGUACGGAGAUGUCCAUCAUUUUGUGGUUCGAGCUUCAGACAAUGGCAAACCAAAGCCUAGAAAGACCACGGUAAAGGUUAGGAUAGAGGUAGUGGAGAGAAUGAAGAAGUCUCCAAAUGUGCCCAGAUUUACUACGACUUCUAUGAUGAAGCGUGUAAUGGAGGAUGAUAAAGUAGGUCACCUAGUGGAUCUUCUUCAAGCGCAUGACCGGGACAACAACGAUCAGCUCUUUUAUUCCAUUAUAGAUGGAGACCCACACAAUCAGUUCUACAUUGGUUUGGACACAGGUGCCCUGGUGGUGGCUCGAGCCCUUGACUGGGAGGUGAAAAGCUUCUAUAACCUUACCAUACAGGUCACAGACGGCGUUAACUUCGAUAACUGCUCUGUACAUAUUGAAGUUAUUGACAUAAACGACAAUGUCCCGCUGUUUGAAAACACACACUAUGAGAGCAGUUUUCCGGAGAGCACACCAGUUGGCACGACCUUGCUCAAAGUUACAGCCACUGAUGCUGACAAUAACAUGCUCAUCUACUUGCUCCCAGAUUGUUGUAACUCCGCCUCUACACGUGAACUGUUUGAUGUGAAUGCUGAAACUGGUGAGGUUGUUGUUAAAAGUGCACUGGACCAUGAGGUUGCCAUGCAACAUAACUUGACGAUUAUGGUUAGCGACCAGGGUAUGAGCCCAAACCGGAACUUCACCAGAGUCACUCUCAACAUCUUGGAUCAUAAUGAUCACCAACCUGUGUUCUUGUCGGACACAUUCCACGGACGUGUGUUUGAGACAGCAGCUAUCGGGACGUCGGUCGUUCAAGUAAUGGCGGUUGACCAAGACAAGGGACAUAAUGCAGAACUGACUUACACUAUCUUAUCAGGAAAUGUUGGCAGUGUUUUCUCCAUUGACAGUAUGCUUGGAACAGUGUCUGUUGCUAAGGAACUUGAUAGAAAUGAUAAGCCUCACUAUGAACUGGUUGUCAUGGCAAUGGACAAGGGAGAUCAUCCCAUGUCUAACAAAGCCACGGUUAUAAUUGACGUUACAAUUUCUGACAAUGCUCCGCCAAAGUUUGACAGCCUAGAGUAUAUGGCCGAACUACAAGAGAAUCAGCCCUGGUUUACGAAUGUCUACACCAUGACGGCAAACUGUCGAUCUAGCGUCAUCUACACAAUUGUCGGCGGGAAUGAAAAAGGCAUCUUUGCCAUUAACCCAAACUCUGGUGUUGUCUAUACAAAGAAAUCUGUGGAUUAUGAGACUGAUAUGGCUUUCAACCUUACAAUCAAAGCAACCAGCAUUAUACAUUCCUCAACCCAGACUAAUUUACAUAUUCAUAUUAUCGAUGAAAAUGACAAUGCUCCGGAGUUUAUCAAGGAGGAAUAUGUCGGAAAUGUUACAGAAUCAGCUAAAGCUGGCACAAUUGUGCUUAAUGCCACCAGCGAGCCUCUUGUCAUUCUAGCUAAAGAUAAAGACUCUGGUUUAAACGCUGUACUAAUUUAUGAGAUCAGAGAUGACUAUGCUAAAAAUUACAUCACCAUUGAUCCGAAUACUGGGGCAAUAAGAACUGUGUCUGAAUUCGAUCAUGAAGAAAUGGACAAGAUAGAGUUCUCUGUUGAAGUAUGGGAUAUGGGUAAACCCCAAUUGAGGACGAAAUUUCCGGCAAAAGUCAUCUUAUAUAUAAAUGACGUAAAUGACACUCCUCCAAAAUUCACUGAAGACAGUUACAAUGCUGAAGUAUUACUUCCCACGUAUAAGGAUGUUAUUGUCGUUACUGCUGAUGCCCAUGAUGAUGAUACAGGUGUUGACUCGAAACUGAAGUAUUCAUUAGUUCAAGGAAAUGAUGAUCGUAGAUUCAGAAUAGAUGAAGACACUGGCGCCAUCUUUAUUGUGAACGAAUCCAACAUGGCUGACAAGUACAAGCUGAAAGUUCAAGUGACAGACGGCAUUUUCAAAACGGAAACGAUAGUAUUUGUAGCAGUGUCUCAACCAACCAGCAGUCCUUUUACAUUCACUCAUGAGGUUUAUGAAGCGUGGGUUAUAGAAAACCAUGAGAUAUUUGAUACUCUGACAGUAGUUCAGGUGGAAAACCGAGGUUUGAAUCAGCAGUUCACAUACAGUUUACUUAAUGGUGGCGACAAAUUCGAAAUUGGCUUCACGUCUGGUGUUGUAACAACAACUGGUGUUGCAUUUGACAGAGAGGAAGUCAGCAUUUAUAAUCUUGUCGUUGAGGUAAGAGGAGAAACACCUCAAGGACCACAGAGGGCACAUGCCUUGGUCAAGGUCAUGGUCGAAGAUGAAAAUGACAAUGACCCAGUUUUUGUCCACCAGCCGUAUCACUCGGUUCUCGUUCACGACUCGGUUCUUGGUCAUGUUGUCAAACAGGUGACUGCAAUUGAUAGGGAUGCAGGAAAUUUUGGUCAGGUGACAUACAGUGUGAAGGGUCGUGGUGACCUAGAUGACAGGUUUGCCAUUGACCCAAAGUCCGGGAAGAUAAGUGUGUUCAGACCUUUGACCACUGCGGAUGUUGGCAAAGAAAUUGUGCUGUCUGCUGUAGCAGCAGAUGGAGGGUCGCCAUCACGCAGUUCGGAAACAACAGUGAAAAUAACAGUCAUCAGCAAGAACUAUCCAGUAUUUGAUCAACAAGUUUACCGUGCUACUAUUCCGGAACAUUAUCCAGUGGGCUCAUCAGUUGCUAGCUUGACAGCGAACAGUCCGACACAGGAUAAAUUAAUUUACACAAUUAUCGAGGGCGAUCGUUACGGGGACUUUGAUGUCGAUUUUAAUAUAGCCAUGGAUGUUCAUGGUCCAUGUCUGAUCACAGUACGAGGUUAUAUAGAAUAUAACUCCAUUCAGACUUAUAACCUAACAGUGCAGGCUGUAGAGGUUAAAUCUGGCCUAGCAACGACAGCUGUUGUCAUAGUUACCGUACAGGACAUCAAUAACUUUGCCCCAGUAUUCAAGAAAGAAUUGUAUGAAGUAACAGUAUCUGAAGCAGCUUCCAUUGGUGCCUCUGUUGUCAAGGUAACUGCAACUGACCCAGAAUCUGGACUGAAUGGACUGGUUCACUACUCACUGAUCACAGAUAAGAAAGGAAGUAGGGAAGUGGACUGGUUUACAGUAGACUCUAAGACUGGUCUCAUAACCACAAAGAAAUUCCUUGAUAGAGAGAGGCAGUCUGAGUUUAGUUUCCUUGUGGAAGCAACAGAUAGUGGACAGUUGCCGCUAAGCAGUAACGCCGUUGUUAGGGUGAAGAUUUCUGAUUUAAAUGACAACGCCCCAAUUUUUGACCAAGCAUCAUAUCACUGUGUUAUAACUGAUCAAGGGGAGCGAGGGCAGCUGGUUACCAAGGUGUCAGCAACAGACCCAGAUACAAGUAGUGCUGGAUUACUGAGAUAUUCUAUCAUUGGUGGAAAUGACCAGCACACUUUCCAGAUGGAUGAAGAUAGAGGAAUUAUCAUCUUGUCUAAACAACGGAAACCACAAUUAUAUCGUGCUUAUGAACUGAACAUCUCGGUUACUGAUGGCGUUUUUACAAAUUUUGCACGAGUCAGCAUCAAAGUUCAAAAUAGCAAUGUUCACUCGCCAAGAUUUGAGCAGAGUAUUUAUGUGGCAGAGUUCCCAGAGAAUUAUGGGGAAGGAAUGUUGGUGACGCAGGUUUCGGCGGUGGACAAUGAUGCAGGGAAUUAUGGGAUGAUCUCGUACUCUAUUCCUAGUGAAGAAAUGCUGCAGUAUUUCAGAGUAGAUGCAGAUUCUGGUGAAAUAUUUUCUGUGCAAGUUUUUGAUCGGGAACAUCAGUCUGUCUUCAACGUUCCGAUAGCAGCCACAGACAAUGGUGGACGUAUGGCCUUUACGAAACUUCACGUUUCUAUAACCGACCAGAACGAUAAUGUCCCACAAUUCCUUGCACAGGAGUACAAGUCGUCUUUACUUGAUUCAACCCCAAUCAACUCAACAAUUAUGAAGAUUCAAGCCGAAGAUGCUGACAGUGGUAGAAAUGGUAAAAUCAUGUACAGUUUUGGUGAGGGAACAGUCAGUCGCAUCACUCAGAUGUUCCAUAUUGAUCCUGAAACAGGCAUCAUCAGAACUUUACAGCUACUCAAAGACUCUGUGAAUGAAAUGUUCCAGUUCUUUGUUGAAGCAAGUGAUCAGGGAAGUACCCCGAUGAAGAACAGUGUACCAGUCAAUAUGUGGGUCACAGACAAUAUUGAUGUGCAACCAGUCUUUACACAAUCUUCAUACUCCUUCUUCUUGCCUGAAAACGAGGCUGUUUCCACGGUGAUAGCAACAGUGAGGGCAGUCAGCAUUCUACCAUUGGAGUAUCUUAUAGUGCCAGGGUUUACAAAAAGCAGUAAUGCCCCUGCUAGGUUUGGUAUUGAUAGUAAAGGGCGAAUCCAUGUUGCUGGUAGCCUAGAUAUGGAAUCUACGUCUGCAUAUACCUUAACUGUUCAAGCUCAAACUCUCAGCAAUAGACCUUUAGUGAGGCAGACCACAGUGAACAUAAGACUCAUGGACGUUAAUGACAACUAUCCAUAUUUUGAAUCAAAUCCAUACAGAGUUACUGUUCCUGAAAAUUCAGAAUCUGGUAUCAGUAUAAUUCAAGUUGUAGCACAUGAUUUAGACAAAUCAUCAAAGUUUCGCUACAGUUUCGGAGAUAACAUGCGUAAAUAUGCUCACCAAUUUAGCAUAGACUCUAUAACAGGAGUGGUUACAUUAUUAUCUCCCUUGGAUAGAGAACAACAAGAUAUGUACAACUUGACAGUCUGGGUCAAGGACAGUGACGCAGCAGACGCGCUUCAGAAUUUAACAAUGGUUCAGGUCAAGGUCAUGGAUCAUAAUGACAAUCCACCAUUGUUUACACGCUCAUAUUACCAAGCUGCUGUCAAUGAAGAUGCAUAUCAAGGAACUAUUUUAAUGACCUUGACGACUGUCGAUAAAGAUAUUGGACCGAAUACAGACACACAGUAUUAUAUCAUCCAGGGCGAUCCUGAAGGGAAGUUCAAAGUUCGCAAGAAUGGUGACAUUUUUGUGAAUCGUCCACUAGACAGAGAGACAGUACCAAGAUAUCAUCUGGUCGUUGCAGCCACAGAUGGAGGCUUUGUUUCCACGGCAACAGUGACUGUUGAUAUCCUUGAUGCUAAUGAUAACAGUCCAGUCUGUGAGAAGCUGCAGUAUUCUGAGAUAGUGAGUGAAGAUGUACAAACAUCAUGGGUGAUUUUGAGGUUAAAGGCGACAGACGCUGAUGAGUACGGUUCCUUGCAUUAUGAACUGACUGAAGAUCACUCGGAACACUUCUUUCUCGAGCCCAAUUCAGGUGCUUUGACAGCUGCCAUUGAUCUUGACAGAGAGACUAUGGAUUUGUAUCACCUUGUAGCUAAAGCUGUUGACAGCGGUCGUAAGUCAUGUACUAUGGACAUAACCAUCAAACUGAGUGAUGUGAAUGACAACAGCCCAGUGUUUUCUCCAGUACAGGGUCCAAUCCCCAUCAGCGAGGGAGCUGCACUAAAUACACUGGUGUACAGGGUGUAUGCUUCUGAUGCUGAUUUUGGUAUAAAUCGACAAGUUCUGUAUGAACUAAAGACAAAUCCAGACGGCAUGUUCACCAUUAAUGAGAAGAGCGGACUACUCCAACUUGCUAAAGAGCUAGACAGGGAGACAACUGCAGCACAUACUGUUACUGUUGUAGCCAAAGACAGGGGGAAACCUCAGAUGACAACAGAAAUUGAACUUGAAAUCAAUGUCCUGGAUAUAAAUGACAACCCACCAGAAUUUGAGCAGACGACAUACUGGGCUUCAGUUCCAGAGAAUGCUGUGAUUGGUCAAUCAAUAACUAGUAUCCUAGCAACGAGCAAGGACACUGGGAUAAAUGCUAAGAUAUCAUAUUACAUCCAAGCUGGCAAUGAUAAAGACAAAUUUUCUGUGGACCCUGAUACAGGUGUUAUAAGAACAGCUGGAGUGUUGAAUCAUGAGACUGUACCAGGCUAUGUGCUGACUGUACGUGCCCAGGAUCAUGGUGAGGUGCCACUCAGUAACACUGCCUAUGUUCAAAUCAAUGUAACAGAUGUAAAUGACAAUCCACCUGUGUUUGCCCAGAAAUUGUACACAGCUAAAAUCAGAGAGGAUGCAAAGAUAGGGUCAAAGGUUAUCCAGGUAAUAUCAUCCGACGCUGACAGUGAUCCUCGUAACAAGGCCGCCAACUACAGUAUCUUAUCAGGUGACCAGUUCCGAGUGUUUGACAUACAUCCAUCAGAUGGUACACUUGUUGUCCGAAAUCAUCUUGAUCGGGAAACCAUAUCUGCUUAUGCAUUACAUAUAAGAGCUGCCAACUAUCAUUUGAUGGCUGAAACUAUAGUUAACAUCGAGGUCCUAGAUGCCAAUGACUCUCCGCCCAGGUUUACCGAGGAUAAUUACACCGUUUUUGUACAGAUGAACUCCCUCCUGUCAGAGGACAAAGAUGUUACUGCCUGCGUUCUGAAGUUUGAGGUCACAGAUGAUGACCUUGACCCUAACGGUGCACCGUUCACCUUUGACAUCACUUCCGGAGACGGUGAAGGAAAGUUCCACGUUGAUAAUGAGGGUAAUCUAUGUAUAGCGAGGAACUUGAAUCGUCAAGUGACCGCCGAUUACCAGCUUAUUGUUAGAGUAUACGAUAACGGAACACCUGCGAUGUAUUCGGAGGUUAAAGUCGAAGUUAGUGUCAUAGAGGAAAGCACUUUUUCACCAGAAGUUUCAAACAUGGCCGUAUCUAUAAGUUCGUAUCUAGACGAAUUUCCAGGUGGCGUUAUUGGUGUAGUGAAAGCUAUCGAUGGAGAUCAGUUUGAUACCCUAGAGUAUCAAGUGGUUUCGGAAAAUCGCCACUUGUUUGAUAUAGACAAAUUAGACGGGAGACUCCUUGCUUUUGCCGGCCUUGACUCUGGAAAUUACAUGAUCAACGUCAGUGUCACAGAUGGGAAGUAUACAUCAUACGGGUCAGUCGAUGUUGAAGUUACAACUAUUACCACUGAAAUGAUCGCAAAUGCCAUUACAUUACAGCUUGCUGAUGUGGACGCUGAGAAAUUCGUGAAAAAUUACAAACGUGACUUCCAGAGGGUACUUAAAAGGGAAUUGGGUGUGAGAACAAGGGAUAUUGAAAUCAUCAACAUACAAAAAUCUCAGGGCUCAAUAGAUGCAGCUAAUCGUUCACGCAGGGAUACAAGCUCAAAUCUGGACAUUCUCUUUGCCGUAAGCAGAAAUGGAGAGUAUAUUUCACGAGACCGAUUAAAGAGAAAAGUAGCCCGUGCCAUACCAGAACUAGAGGAUGCAAUGUCGGUGAAAAUUCUCAAGGUUUUCUCAGAUGUUUGUGAAAAGGAUAUGUGCGAAGGUGGAGAAUGUUUGGGAUUUGUAGAGUUCGACAAAGACAGCCUCGUACCAAUCCUUAUGGACGGAGGAAGCUUCGUCGCAGCCAAACAUCGGUACACAUAUGAGUGUGAAUGUCCCAAUGGAAAUAUUGGAGAUAAUUGCCUGUCGAAUCCAACAAGCUGUGACGAGAACCCAUGUCCUACAUACAAGCUGUGCACCCCUCAUCCUGUACAUGGAUACCAGUGUUUGUGCCCACAGGGACAGACAGGCAGACACUGUGAGAAAGAUCUGGACAAUAAAUGUGACAAUACAAACUGUCCAAGAGUAGGAGAUUCCCCAAUCACUUUCUCUGGAAACAGUUAUGCCAAAUGGAAGCUAGUCGACCCAAUAGAUAGGCGGCUUAGUCUGUCUAUGAGAAUCAAAACAAUCAAAGAUACAGCCAGUCUGAUGUUUGCCAAGGGCAGAGUAGACUAUAGUAUUCUCGAGCUUGUGAAUGGAAUGGUUCAGUACAGAUUUGACUGUGGUAGUGGAGAAGGUCUGGUUCUUUUACCUAAUCAUGUCAGUGACGGAAAGUGGCAUACGAUAAUGGUGGAACGUCAUGGAAAAGAUGCCGCCAUCUUUCUGGAUGGACAGUUUUCUUCGUUAACAAGUGCUCCCGGAACCAACGAUGUUCUAAACCUCGACACAAGCGAUGUUUACUUUGGAGCGGAGGUGGAAAUGUAUGCUAAUGGAUAUAUUGAUAUUCGUAAAGGGUUCCGAGGCUGUAUAGAGGAUAUUAGGAUCUAUAACGUUCGAUUACCGGUCUCCGGCAACAAUGCUGUUGCCCUUUCACAAGACUUUGAAAAAGUGGAAUUCUCAUGCAGGGACUCGGACUUUGCCAUAAACGGAAACAAUAUCUGUAGCACAUUCCCGUGUAUGAAUGGUGGACAAUGUGAGACAACAGGACAGAAUACAUUUAUCUGUAGAUGUAGCAGUGACCGUUACCGUGGUGCCAAGUGUGAAAUAGACUCGCAACCGUGCCUGAGACAACCCUGUCUGAAUAAUGGGGUAUGUGAAAAUGUUGUUGGUAUUCCAAACGAAUUUGUCUGCAAGUGUGUCGGUGACUAUAGGGGUCGUAGGUGCGAGUACGGGAAAUUCUGUCUACCAAACCCAUGCAAACAUGGUGGCACCUGUAUUGAGGGACCAGCGUCAUUUAAUUGUUUAUGUCAAGCUGGAUUCACAGGGUCAAGAUGCGAGUCUAUUGUGGAUGUAUGUUUGUCCAACCCAUGCAAAAACCAAGGUGAUUGUAUACAGGAGGGGAGCGGUUAUGUGUGUAAUUGUUCAAACUCCUUCAGUGGCUCACAUUGUGAAGAUAUUAUCAUUCCAGCGAUCUCGUCAAGUUCUGCGGGAAUUAAUUCUGAUGAAAUAUACGCCAUUGCUGGAGUUGCUGGUGGCUUAAUUCUGGUUGUAAUUAUUUUUGUGCUAAUUCGUGUUUGGCGACAGAAGAAGAGACAGCGUCGCCAUGCCAACAUCACACCUGGUAUUGCUGGAGAUGGCACUGAAGUCUACCUUAACCUUCUUAAAGAUGACAAGAAUAAAUAUAAAGCAGAAAACAUGUUAAAAAUGGAUAAAAUCAACAACAGAAAUAAAUCGCCACCGUCGCCACAACCCCCGCCAGUUCCUGAUCGCCCAGCGUCGUACACGCCCAGUGCCAGAGACUCUAUAAAUACAUUAAAUAAUUUCGACCAAUUAAGAAGUUGUACAUAUGGAAGUGCUGCAGAUGAACUGGAACACGUUCCUAACAUUCCACCUUACAAUUUAGAUUUUCUAACGUUUGCCCCACCCAGAAGUGUAGCCAGUAUACAGCCGACCAUACCCCCACCACCUCAAAGUGAUACAGAUUCGAUACAAAAGGAACCAUGGGAAUUUGCGUGUCAAAAUAUUUUACAAAAUUAUAUGUCAGAAAAGAAUUCCGAUAAACUGUCGAAGAUGAUGCCGAUUGGCACAGUACAACCGAUGUCACAUCUUCAAGGUCAAGAUAAUACAUCAAUCAGCAGUUUACCUGUGUCCGAGUCCGAGGAUGACCAACAAGCCAAUAGGAAGAAAGGAAAGAAAGGUUAUCAUUGGGACACAUCAGAUUGGGCACCAGAGAGGUCAUUACCAAAUAUAAGUGAGGUACCAGCUGGGGAAUGUCCGGAUUCACCGGGUUCCGAGAGUCCACAUAGUAAUGAAUCUAAUACACAUAUCGACAACUUAGGACAAGGGCGUUACAUGACAGACGGAGAAUACAUUGACUCUGAAUAUGUUGGCGAUUCGGAAUAUGCCGAACAUGAUAUGGAGGAACCACCUGAUCUACCGAAUUACGAGGAACUCCUUGCGGAACAAAGUAGACUUCUUGAUGAUUAUGAAAUGCCAAAUAGAAACAUGCAUGUUCAUCCAGACUAUUAUCUCCCCUUAAAUUCGAGCUUUACAAGUGCUGAUGGGCCAAAUGAAGAAAAUUGGCCAGCGCCCCCGCCUUGUGUUGUUAACGGAGCGGAAGUAAAUAUCAGUGAUUCGAGCCACACAACAACAAGUUCCGAUGAUGAUAAUGACUCAGUGUUGCAUUAUGGGUUCCCACCGUCACAUUUUAACAAUAUAAAUAGGUUGUCAAUGGUAACGACAGACAGUGAUUUGAAUGUAGACAGUAAUAGGUUAUCAGCCGCGUAUACAACGGACAGUGAAGCUAAUGAUGGUGAUUUUAGUCGCGGGUCUGUCAUUGAUGAUAUGUCCGACAUAUCGGGUCUUUGUGAAAUCGAGGACAGUGAGGUCAAUAAUAGCGACAGCGAGGAUGAAAACACGCCGUUAAAUACACAACGAAUACACACGGAGGUGUAAACUUGUUUGAACAUAUUCACAGCUGGGCUAUGUAAUAGUUUAAGAUAAAGAUUUUCGUGCAAGAUUUAAAUCUAUGACCAUUGUUAAGGGAACAUUAUACAUUUUUCAAGUGUGGAUUUUUACCUACCAAUAAGUUAGUUGCUAGAUGAAGGUAUUUUAAAGGUUUUUUUCGAUGUUUUCCUUGCUUUAUGUGACAUAAAAUACAAAAAAGGUUGUGAUUUGUUUUUUCGUCAAUUUCAUUGCUAUUUAUGAUUUUUAUAAUGUGCUUAUAUACUGUUAAAACUAGAAAUGUGAAAAUUGUACACUGGAUUAAAGAAGUGCUUAAUGUUAGCCAUUGCUGUGUAUUUCAACUUCAUAUAGUCAAGUAGCCUUUGUCUAAGUCAGAAAAAAACACAUGUACACUGUCAUAAUGUGUGCAUGAAAUAUGUAUACAUGUAUGUUCUCUGUCAUUUAGAACUGUCUCACAUAGAGAAAUAUGUUUUGGGUUGUUUUUUUGUUUUUUUUAAGAAAAAUGAAAAUAUUUUUUUUUUAUUGAGCGACAUAAGAAAUACUGGUACUAUUUUUGCAAAGAAAAAGUCAUAAUUAUCAAAAUAUCAUGCAGAUUUAUUUUUAUUUUUUUUUUUAAUUACUGGCAUGAAACCUCUAUCAAGGUAAUUCAGUACCAUAAGUGUCAGGACAAAUUUUUCAAACACGAACAACAAUUUUUGUGAAAAAAAUGUUAUUUUUUUUAUGAAAAAUGUACUUUUUGUGUUUUUAAGUAUAAAGUACUGUUCAAUUUUCUGCACUUGUUAGGUUUAUUUCCAUUUUUGUAUGAUAGUGUUUCAGUAAAUUUUAUAGGUGCUAUUUAAAUUGUUCAUGGUUAAUAUGUGAUAAAAAUUUGCUUCUGGCAUAUGACUUACCCCACCCACCUACUGCUCCUCACCUCCCACAUGCAAAUUUUUUUUUAUUGAAAAGCGCUUCCUUGUGUUUGUUUUUUCAUUAUUUUUUUUCAAACUUUUUCAUUGUUUUUUUGGAAAAUUUGCAACAAUUUGUUUCUGACAUGAAGUUUUCAGACUUAAACGUCAUGUUAAAAUCUAGAUUCUUCCAUUUUAAAUUCUUUUUCUUCGUGAACCUUCUUUUUUCGCUUUUGACAAAAAGAACACUUCAGACAUUACAAUAUUAGUUUAUUUUUCCGUUACAUGUUUCAUUUCUAAUCGAUUUUGAAUAAAUUUUUUGUUUCCAUAACACUAAUAUUAAGUUUCAAAAAGCUAGUUUCUGUAAUUCUGUAAAAUCAUUGAAUGUUACAGUGUUACAGAAAUUUAAAUGAUAAGGGGAGAGUUUAAUGUUAUUUAUUUGUUUAUAAAAUCAGUAUUCAAUGUUUAAAUUUUGAAGUUUUAUUGAUUUUCCGAAUCAGAAAUUAAGUUUUAAUCCUAGCAGCCAAAAUGAAAUGAACCUGUUAAGUUUUCACUGUUAUUUGAAUGACAUUUUUUGACAUGAUGUUUAAAUAUUAAAAAAAUCUGUUAAGAUCUCUUUUAUAACCGUCUUGACCUCAGACACCUAAGUGUCUUAACAUGUAAAAUAAAGUGCUUCCUGAAAGAUAGUGGGAAACCCCACAUCUGACUAUUCUACGGGGACCGCAAUUGAUUGACAGAACCUGAAAAGUGCUUCUUGACCAAAUACUUUGAGACUGCAAUCAAUUCUUGACAAAUUUCAUUUGAAACAAACUCCUUUUUUGAUAACACGAUUUCAAUUUUUUUUAAAGUCAAUAAUAUGAAAUUUGGGUUUUACUUACCUGAACAAAGCUAUAGUCAUAGCUUCAAACAAGAAUCACUUAAGUGCUGUACAAUUAUAGAUAGUGUAUUUAUUACCAAUAUACAUAAUGUACUAGGAUGCUAAUUUUACGAUUUAUACUUCAUGUAAUUUCAAGAUUCAAUUUACAAGUAAAGGUUGUGAUAUACUAUGUUUCUACUUAGAAAAUCAAAAGUUUUUCAACUAUAUAGUUUUGCAGUAAUUUAUACUGCAAAACAUUCUUUAUAUACCAUUUUUCCCCCAAUAAAGAUACCUGCAUUUUAUUGUGGUUUUUUGUAGGAAAGGCUGGAUCCACAUAUACUAGGAAAGGCUGGAUCAAAAGUUCAGUUUUGUUCAAUUUUGUGAUAUAUAAAGUUAGAUUAAACUUAUUUUUCAUCAAUGUCGUACUGUUGUUUUCAAGUUGCCAUGUUUUUAUGUUAAUCUUUUUUGAUGUAUUAAUAAUAUCAAUGUUUGUUUCUCGAGUAAAGGCUAAACCAAAUAGAAAAUUGGUUUCUCAAGCUUAGAAUAUGUGUGUGUAUUCUAUGCUUAACAGACUCCCGGGCUUAGAACUUAAUUCUAUUUCUUGUUAUAGAAAGACUGUAUUUCAUGAGAAACCAAUAAUAAAUUUAGUAUGGCCUUAAAAAGUAUAACUUUUUGUUCUUGUUGAAAAUUAACUAAGGCAAGGUUGUGCCAUUUGUGUUGUGAUCUAGACUGAAAGCAAAAAUUUGUCACCUCAGUGCAGUAACGGGUUAAGUCCUUCUAAAUUUAAUAGGAGUUAACUAUAUAUUGCACUAAAGUGAUAAAAAUAUUGUGCUUUCAAUAAUGAAAUCAAAUAAGUUGUGUUUUUUGUGCUCACAUGUAUUUUCUUUGUUGUGAUAUUUUUUGUUUGUUUUUUUAUCGAGGUCACAUGACCUAUUUUAAUUCAGAGUUUGAACUGUGAUCUAAGAAAUUGGGUCAGUAUAUAUUUUACCAAAAAAAAUAAAUGUAGUAAAAAAUGGUAAUCAAAUUAUUUUCAGAUUUUUAAGUAUUAACAAAUUUUUAAGUUCUGAUUUUAGAAAAAAAUUGUAAAAAAUACUUUAUAAAUAAGGAUUAUUUUGUUGUUCCUAAGAAAGUUGUAUUUCUAAAAAAGCUUAUGUUCCAUUUUCACUGCUUUUAAAUACAUAACAUGAUAGGGCUUUUUUAUCAGUGCAUGAAUUAAACAGCUAAGUUUGUCAUAUUUAUAAAAUAUGCUGCUGUUUAAAGUUGUCCAACAUGGUGUGUGAAGUGAUGUGCAAGAAUUUCAUAAAUGACAUAAAUAUUGCCAUUUUUUUAACACUUAUCUGAGUUGAAAUAGUAUAGAUCAGUCCUAAUACAAGGGAUUUUGAUAUUAUAUAUAUAUUUAAAUUGAAAACUAAUAGUCUAUUAGAGCCUAGAUUAGGGUUUAUAGAUGUGGCGACUGACAUAGCUGGAUACUGGUCGCAGAAGUUGGUUACUUUUAAUGAUACACUUGAACUGUUUUAUAUUUUCUCUGGUUGUUCAAUGUAUAAUUGAAAACAAGAACAAAGUUAUCAGCUUUCAUUGGUCGAUUUUUUGAGCACAGUCUUGUUAUUGGCCAAUGAAAAGAUUCAAUUGUAUGCCAACAUGCAAACAUUUUUUUCUUUUUGAACUUGAUUAAUUCAUCCGAAGAAUUUUGAAAUUGAUUAUAAAGUUUUUUUGAAUUUGUUUUUUUCUUGGUCACUUCACAUACCUUGUUGUGACAUAUGCUUUAAUUUUUUAAAAUGCAUACAUACUUUGUAAUGAUUAUUUUUGUAUGAAUAAAUCUUGUGUUCAGCUGCAUUUUUACCAUUAUUGUAAUAUAAUCAUCAUUAUCAGAUACCAUUGUUCUAUAUAUAGAGAGAUCUGAUGUCUAAGAUUUGAUUCUAACUAAUAUAAAUAUUCUUGUGUCACAUUGUUUUGCAUCAAAUGUUGUUUAGUUAAAUUGAUGAUAAAAUAUUGAGAAUUUUGUAAAUUAAAAAACAUAAAUUAUGA